AAUUUCUUUCAAGUUCUAACAAAAGUUUGGUGUUUUUUACUUUGGUUUCUUACUAUCACUUCUUCACUCUCUCUUUCUCCAUAUAAUGAAGGGACGUAUGUUUUGCGCUUCGCAAGCAUCAACAGCCAUAUGUUCAAGCAUGGACAACGUUCACAAAUCAACCACCACCGAAGACGAUGAACGAAGUAGCGGCCGAGCUAUAGACCGCCACAAUCCGAUCAUUAAAGAUGGCCGAAGAUCAUUCGCCGAGGACUUCAUUAAACUACCAGCUUCUGGCGGAGACGGAGAGAUGAGUAACAAAAAACUAGAGAUCUAUAAAGGCAGGAUAAGCAUUACUGGCCGGAGAAGCACGGGUGGUGGCGGGGGAGGCGGCAGAGCAGCGGCGUUGUUGAAGCUUAUUACCAAUGACAUUGGCCUAGCGAGGAAGAGUUUCAGCUGUGUUGCGAGACCAGCAUGUGACUUAAUCAAAACCCCUGUGGGUUCUACAAGGUAUCUUUUAAAAUCCGACCCGGAUUCUAUUUCCGGGUCUACAGGUCGGAAUCCGGCUAAGACGGUAGAAGCUGAAGCUCCUGCUGGUGAAGACAUAACGUUGACGGAGAAGAAGACAACUUGUGCUGGUUCGGACCAGGUCGUUGUUCUUAAAGUUUCUCUCCACUGCAGAGGCUGUGAAGCCAAAGUUAGGAAACACUUGGCCAGAAUGCAAGGUGUAACAUCUUUCAACAUAGAUUUUGCUGCAAAGAAAGUGACUGUGACCGGAGAUAUCACUCCCUUGGAAAUAUUGGAUAGCAUCUCAAAGGUUAAAAAUGCCCAAUUUUGGACAACUCCAACAAUCCCAAAGCCGAACGUAGAAACCCAAAAUCCCUAAUUUACUUCUACUCCUUUUUUUUUUUUUUAAGAUGCAACAAUAAUGUUAGGGAUGUUGGUGUGCACAAUAAGUACUAAUAAAAGUUAAACGGAAGG